UGGUGCAGCACUUCCUGGUAGACUUGACUCUUCCAAUUAAAUCCCUUAUCCAACUACCUAAAGCGGCACCCCACACCAAAUUCAAUCCACAGAACCUGCGCGUCUUCUUCCUCUUUCAUCAACACAAGUCAUGCCUUCCCUCCUCUUCCUGCGCGACGCCAUCUUUGCCCUCAUCCUACUGCCUCUCAUGGCGCUUCACCACGUCGCGGCCACGGACUACACGGUCGGCGACGACGACGGGUGGAACACCGGCACCAACUACCUCACCUGGUCCGAGAAGUACAACUUCACCGUCGGCGACGUUCUCGUUUUCAGGUACCUGGCGGGGCAGCACGACGUGUAUCAGGUGACGGAGGAGACGUACAGGUCGUGCAACUCCAGCUCCGGCGUGCUAAGGAGGUACGCGAGCGGCGCCGACCGCGUCGCCCUCGAGGAGGCGACGACGUACUGGUUCAUAUGCAACACCAGCGGGCACUGCCUGGGCGGGAUGAAGUUCGGCAUCAGCGUGGCGAAUUCGAGCUCCCAAGGGGGCGUCGAGGCGCAGACGCCGGCGCAGGGCGGUGCGGCCCCCCGAGGAGCGCCGGUGUGGCUUUUGGGUUUGACCAUGGGUUUGUGGGGCUCGCUGUAUUAUUGAAUGAUGAACGACGCAUCACUGGGUGGGCUGGUGAUCGAUGUAUCCCACAACAUUGAUUGAUUGGCUCCGUCUUCGUCUCCAUUUCUCAAUCCUUCGGAGGAUUUGAAGUCAGAUUUGUAAAAGCCUGCCAUUCUGAGACAAAGAAAAAGAUACUUUAUAGCUGUCAAUAUUUGGUCAACUAUUCAUCGAAACAAAAGGUCAAUGAGAGAAAGAAUAAUGACUGUUAGCAGUCCUU